AUGCUGGCUCCCUGCUCCAGGGUGGAGGAGCCCUGGGUUGUGGAAGAUAUUGAUAAGUGCCGGGAGCCAACCCCCAGCCUGGAGGCCAUUUACCUGCUCAACCCUGUGGAGAAGUCAGUGCAGGCUCUUAUCAGUGACUUCCAGGGCUCCCCCACCAACUACAAGGCAGCUCACAUCUUCUUCAUGAGCCGUGAGUAUCGGGGGGCAGCGGAUCCUCCAGCUGGGAGCCUGGCCAGCGACACACGGGGGUGCUGCAGAAGGCGAGAACCCGGCUUGACUCUGGUUCAUGGGGGGCUGGACUCAUCGUUGACUCCUGUGUGUCCUCGCUGGCUUGCCCAGAUUUCCCACAGGUGUGCAGCACUAUGGCCCUGCUGUGCCCAUCCUGGCCCUGUCUGUGGGGCUGGCGCUGUGCUGGGGGUCCUGAGCCCUGUACCUGUCACCCCUACCCACUGCCUUUGCCUUGCAGCCUGUCCUGAACCUCUGGUCAAGGAGCUGAGGAAGUCACGGAUCUCCAAGGCCAUCAAAACCCUCAAGGAGAUCAGCCUGGCCUUCCUGCCCUAUGAGAGCCAGGUGUACUCCCUAGACAGGCCACAGGCCUUCUACAACUGGUUCAGCCCCUGCUGCUUCUGGGAAAAGAACAAGGAGCUGGAGAUGAUGGCAGAGCAGAUUGCCACGUUGUGUGAAACCCUGGAGGAGUAUCCAGCCAUCCGCUACCGGAAGGACAGUGAAGAUAACUUCCACGUGGCUCACGCUGUGCUGGCCAAACUCAAGGCACACGAGCCCAGCAUGGGAGAGGGCCCCGACAAAGCCCACUGUCAGCUGCUGAUCGUGGACCGGAGCUUCGACCUGGUGUCCCCACUGCUGCAUGAGCUCACUUACCAGGCCAUGGCAUACGACCUGCUCAGCCUCAAGAACGACACCUACAAGUACGAGACAACGGGGACCAGCGACUCGCAGGAGAAGGAGGCGCUGCUGGAUGAAGACGACGAACUCUGGGUGCAGCUACGCCACAUGCACAUCGCUGACGUCUCCAUGAAGGUGACGGAGCUGCUGCACGCCUUCUCUGAGAGCAAGAAGCUGACCACGGACAAGGCCACCAUCGAGGACCUGUCCCAGGUGGUGAAGAACUUGCCCCAGUACCUGAAAGAGCUGAACACGUACUCCACACACCUGAACCUGGCUGAGCACUGCAUGCGGCACUUCAAAGGAUCGGUGGAGAAGCUGUGCGGCGUGGAGCAGGACCUGGCCAUGGGGACGGACGUGGAUGGGGAGAAGAUCAAGGACCCCAUGAAGAUCAUGAUACCCAUCCUGCUGGACCCCAGCGUGCAGGCCUAUGACAAGAUCCGCAUCAUCCUGCUCUACAUGUUGAAGAACGAUGUGAGCGAGGAGACUGUCUGCAAGCUGAUCCAGGAUGCCAGCAUCCAGCAGCAGAGCAACAUUAUCCACAACAUGGAGCUACUGGGCACUUCCCUCAUGUAUGGGAACGGGCAGCUGCAACCCGAGAGGAAGGUACGGCUGGAGUCCAGCUACCAGCUCUCCCGCUGGAUCCCCAGGCUCAAGGACGUCAUGGAGGACAUCAUUGAGGACAGACUGGACAGGGAGCUGUGGCCCUUCAUCUCAGACCCGGUCCCUUCCACCAGCUCCCAGGCUGCUGUCAGCGCCCGCUUUGAGGAUUGGCACAAGAACAAGCCAGCGGCUGAGUACCCGACGGGCCCGCGCCUCCUCAUCUAUGUGCUGGGUGGGGUGUCCAUGUCUGAGAUGCGCUGCGCCUAUGAAGUGACCCAGGCCAGCGAGGGCAAGUGGGAGGUGCUGAUCGGUUCCAGUCACAUCCUGACCCCCAAGAGUUUCCUGGAUGACGUCCAAACCCUCAACCAGCUGGCCCCUGAGGAGUCCUAGAAGCAGCCCCCUCCCUCCAGAGACUCUGCCCCCCACAGCUCGCUGACCCCAGCUCCACCUGCUUUUCUCAACAAGGCACCUUCCUCCCCUA